AUGGCACAAUCCUUUGUGAUUGCGAACUCUUCGCCUCUACAUCCUGGUCAACACCGCCGCACGCAGUUAUUGCCCCAUGAGCGGGCUGUAACCCUCCAGGAGUUGGAGGUCAUUGCAGGGCUUACAGAGCUGGCCAGAACUGAAGGCUGGACAAGCAAUGAUGGUCAGCUCUUGUCACCACAUCAGGCGGGUUGCACGUGUCAUGGUGGGAUUUGGUCCAAGGAAAGAGGCAAGCUAGAAUCUAGAAGAGCUGGCAUGUGCCACCAGAAUAAAAACAAGAUCAUGCAACAAACGUUGAUUUGCAAGGUAUUCCUGAAGGGUAGGAAAUGA